AUGAUCAAAUCCUUCAAGCAAACGUUUCUGUCCCUGGAUCUGCAGUCCCCUCGGUGGAGCUCGGCAGAAACAAUGGCAAAGGAUUAUGAACUGCGUCAGUACGAGACAGCAAAGUGGGUCAGCACAGUCAUUAGGGGCGAGACCCAGAAGGAGGCAAUGCGCCAGGGCUUCUGGAAACUCUUCCACUACAUCCAAGGGAAGAAUGAGAAAGAAAUGCGGAUUGAUAUGACUGUGCCAGUGACGUGCCUGGUAAAAUCUGGCUGCACAGACUUCAAGAUCUCUUUCUUUGUGCCAUUUGAACACCAGGACUCACCACCACAGCCCACUGACUCCGAUGUAUUUAUCGAAGAGCGGAAGGCAGCAGCCAUUUUCACCCGGUCCUUCGGUGGAUUUGCCUCCCCCGAGAAAUACGCUGAGGAAGCUGAAGUCUUGGCCAGAAUCUUAAGAAACAGAGGUCAACGAUUCCACGAAGACUUCUUUUACACUGCAGGUUAUGACAGUCCCUUCAAGCUCUUUAACAGGCACAACGAAGUGUGGUAUUUUAAGAAGUGA